CUAUGAUCCAUUUCGAUUAGUAAAAGCAAAUCACACUUUAAACAAGUCCAGAAGAAUACUUUAAUUAAGAAUAUGACUAAGCUACUGAAACCAAUAUGUAUUAAUCCUUAAGUAAAUUAAUAACUUAGCCUUGUAGAUUAUUAAAAGAGCCAUUUACCAUUGAAUUCAUAAACAUUUUUACCCAAUUAACAUUCUAAACUUUAUGAUCUCAAAAAGAAAUAUCUAAAGAAUAGAGAAGAUACUCAUAGAAGAUCUGUUUCUUUUCAUAAUAAAAUGCAAACUAAUAAAUCACCUAUAAAAUCUCAAUAAACCAAAAGAUAAUGUUCUCCCAAAUAAGAAAACUAUUAACCUCUCUAAAAGAAGAAGACUAUGCCUGUUUAGAAGAAUUUAGGAAACAAUCUUAGAAAUAUAUUAAAGUCUAAUUAUCAACAAUAAGUAUCUUAUGGAGAAAAUCCAGAAAAUGUUAUUAUUAGAAAAGAAUAUUCCUAACUUAUAGAAAUACCUAUUGAAAAUUAAGAAAUAAAUAGUUAUUGCUUCAUUAAAACUUUAGGAAUUGGAGCAACUGCAGAAGUGAAAAUGGCAAAACAUAGAGAAUUGGAUAUUGAAGUCGCCAUAAAGAUAUAUGAUAGAAAGAAGAUGAAUAAUAUGCAUCUUAAGAAUUUAGAAAGAGAAGUGGAAAUCUUAAAUUUAAUUAAACAUCCAAAUAUUAUCAAUUUGUAUCAUACAUAUGAAAAUGAUAAGCAGAUAUUUUUAAUAAUGGAAUAUUCCUCUCCAAUCAAUCUUGAAACAUUUAUGAAAGGUCGUCCAUUUAAAAGAAUAAAUGAAGAUGAAGCUAAAAUAUUGUUUAGAUAAAUAGCAGAUGCAGUAGCUUAUAUGCAUAAACUUAAUAUUUCUCAUAGAGAUCUCAAAUUCGAAAAUUUAUUAAUUGAUUACAACACAAGAAAAGUUAAAAUUAUAGAUUUUGGAUACUCCAUUAAAAUAGAUACUAAAUAAACAUGUUCUUGUGGAACACCUCAAUAUAUGGCACCAGAAUUAGUUAAAAAAAAUGCCUAUGAUUAAUCUGUUGAUGUUUGGGCAUGUGGUGUUAUUCUCUUUAAAAUCUUAACUGGUGUAUUUCCAUUUCGUGGUAAUUCAGAAAAAGAUUUAUACAAAAAAAUAUGUUAAGCUAAAUUAGAAUAUCCUUCAUUUGUUAGUAAUCCAGCAAGAUAGUUAGUUUCAUCUAUGUUAAGAGUGGAUUUAAAUGAGAGAAUUUCUAUGUAGGAUGUAUUGCUUUCUUAAUGGCUGAAUUGA